CUCAAGAAUUACGAGGCCUUCUCAAAAUAAGAUACCUAUUGAGCAUGGUAUUGUGUCUGAUUGGGAUGAUAUGGAACGUAUAUGGAAAUAUAUUUACGAGGAAGAAUUAAAAACUGCGUCCGACAAGGCUGCACAAAUGUUUUUUGAGACAUUUAAUGUUCCAGCUUUAUUCGCAUCGAUUCAAGCAGUGUUGAGUCUUUAUUCAUCUAGACGAACCACAGUCGAUAUCGCCGGAAGGGAUGUCACAGAAUAUUUGCAGUUGCUUCUUCGUAUAUCAGGUUAUAAAUUUACAACAACUGCUGAAAAAGAAGUUAUCCGUAUUAUCAAAGAGAAGACUUGUUAUAUUGCAUUAUUUCCAAUUAAGGAAGAAAAGGAUACGAAUGGAAAAUACGAUGACUUUACUUUGCCCGAUGGAAAUGUUGACAAGUUGGGUUCUGAAAGGUUCAAGGCUCCAGAAAUUCUAUUUAAUCCUGAAUUGAUCGGACUUGAGUAUGCCGGUAUUCAUCAAGUUGUCUUCGAUUCAAUUAAUCGAACAGAUCUAGAUUUAAGGAAAAUUUUGUUUGCCAAUGUUGUCUUAUCCGGUGGUUCGACACUUUAUAAAGAUUUCGGUACUAGGUUGUUGAGUGAAAUAAGAAAAUUGGCAGUCAAGGACAUUAAGAUUAAGAUUUUUGCACCACCAGAAAGGAAAUAUAGUACAUGGAUUGGUGGUUCUAUAUUGGCAGCCUUGAGUACAUUUAAAAAGAUGUGGGUUUCGGCUGAAGAAUUUCAGGAAGAUCGCGACAUUAUUCACAGAAAGAGUUUUUAA